AUGAAGACUUCUUUCGCAGCUCUCCUGGCCAUGGCCUCCGCUGCUGCACCCUCCCUCGCUGCUGCAAGUGAAGACAAGUCAACGCUAGACAAGCGAUUUGGAGCCGAGGACUUCCGUGACGCGAUCAAGGGCUGGAAGUUUGGUGACCUGGAACAUCGCGCAAUGUUGAACUACGUAACCAAUUCCGAAAAUGAAGACGGCACGUGGCAACUCCUCGACCAGGACGGGAACUUGUUGGAGGAGAAGGAUGUCAAAGCGGACAGCAUGAAGUGGAUGUUCGAGGCACCGACCAGCGACCGCCGCGACCUCUCCCCCCUCGAGGCGAGAGUGUCCAAGGAAGAUGAGUGCAAGACGACUAGCUGCCAGCUUCAUCCUAUUCGUUAUGGUGGCAUCGUCAUGCGCGAUGAAGAUGAACUCUGCAAGGAUAAAGGUUGUAGUGCUUGUGUGCCCGCGACGGUCUCAGUGGACGGCGUCGAAAGGAUGAAAAAGCGAUGUAUUAUCCGGACAUAG